ACACCAAACUCUAGUAUUGGAUUUACUGGCAAGGCCGCAACCCACUCCCACUCCCACUCCUCACCCCUCUCUCGGCCUCUCCUUUUAGAAAGUUUGAAAUUGGAAGAACAAAGAACCCUAGCCACCUACAGCCACCCCGCCCGUAACCACCACAUCCCCGCAUUGUUUUCAUCGCCGAACUCUUCUCCACUGGGUACAAGCAUCGCGUGUGGAAGGAGUUGGGUACAAGGUCCGUCGCCGUCGCGGGAAGCUCCGUCGCCGUCGUAGGAAGCUCCCUCGCCAUCGUGUGUUCGAGCUCUCUCUGUGUGUUCGCCGGUGUCGCCGUAUCCUCUGGCGUCGCCUCACUCCCCUUCCUUCUCGCCGCCGUAAACAGUGACCUUACUGGUUCAUUGACCGGUCCGAUUCUCGCAACCUUGCUGAAAAGUGACAUCUUGCGUGCCAGUCCAAGACCUCCCCAGAAGAGACGAGAAAACAGUGACAAAAGAAGAUACUCGGCUCGCAGGCCCUUCUCCCUCUCCCACUGUUGGUCGUGGCGGCGCUCUCUUCCUCCUCCGUUGCCAUCUAUGACGACUCGAAUAGCGCCUGGUGUUGGCGCCAACUUGCUUGGCCAACACUCUGCCGAGAGGAAUCAGGACGCCACCGCCUAUGUCGGCAAUCUCGACCCCCAAGUUCCCGAGGAGUUGCUCUGGGAGCUUUUCGUUCAGGCUGGCCCUGUCGUUAAUGUCUAUGUUCCCAAGGACAGAGUCACUAACCAACACCAGGGAUAUGGAUUUGUUGAAUUCCGUAGUGAAGAAGAUGCUGACUAUGCCAUCAAGGUGCUUAAUAUGAUUAAACUUUACGGCAAGCCAAUUCGUGUAAAUAAGGCAACCCAAGAUAAAAAGAGCUUGGAUGUGGGGGCAAACCUUUUCAUUGGCAACCUUGAUCCUGAUGUAGAUGAGAAGCUCUUGUAUGAUACUUUCAGUGCAUUUGGAGUUAUUGUUACUAAUCCAAAGAUUAUGAGAGAUCCUGAUACCGGAAAUUCCCGUGGUUUUGGUUUCAUUAGCUAUGAUUCAUUUGAGGCAUCUGAUUCAGCUAUUGAGGCAAUGAAUGGGCAAUAUCUUUGCAAUCGCCAAAUUACAGUGUCAUAUGCUUACAAAAAAGACACUAAAGGGGAACGGCACGGCACGCCAGCAGAAAGAGUUUUGGCUGCAAGCAAUCCUACUGCGCAGAAGAGUAGGCCUCAUACGAGAUUCGCCAGUGCACCUCCAACACUCGCCAAUGUUGCUCAGGCUAAUGGUACUGUUGCUGUUCCGGUACCUCCUCACCCCUUUGCUAAUGGAGUUGCUCCACCUCCCAUUCCUGCCCUCCGACCACCACCACCACCCCCUCAAGCAGCAGCAUUUCAGCCUAUGCCAGGAGCUGGGCAACCAACAUGGCAUCAACAACAGCCCGGACUCCCGCCUGGAAUGCCCCCACCUCAGGUCCAGCAGUUCCGGCCACCUCCAUCUGGUAUGCCAAUGCCGCCACCUCCACAAGCUGUUUCGGCUCCUCCAAGGCCUCUUCCGCCACCAGCAGGAAUGGUAAGCCAACCACCUGUUUGGCGACCACAACCACCCCCACCGCAGCAACAGGGUGGACGACCUAUGGCAUAUCCUCAACCCUCAAUGCCUCCACCUUCCUAUAGCCGGAUGCCACCACCUCAAUGAAGGAAUUCAAACCCUUUUGGAAGGAUCCAGGGUCCUAUUAUAUUGAAUUUCGCCACUGAUUUUUAGCGUUAUGUUUCUUAAUUAAUGUGGUAUUAGAUACAGUUGCUAUCGGCAUCCUUGACACUAGGACAGUUAACAAUAUAAUUAGAGUCCAAAGGAGAGAUGCUCAACUCUUUAGCCUUGGGUUUGAUAUUGUUUUUAAGUAACUAAUUUUCCAGAGUUCUUUCAAGCAAUGGUGAAUUGUAAAGGUGAAUGAGAAAUAGGAAGGAAAUAUCUGGCCUGUUUUAUUUCUGCGAUGGACUAAGCCUCCCCUAACAAAAGAACAAGUGACAAUGAGGCCUUGAUCUUUGCAUUGUGAGAUGCAUUAGGUCUUCUGAGUCUGAUAGUGAAGUCCGUUAAGAGCAAGCAGAGUGAGUUUUUGUCACGUGAACCCUGUGAGGUUCGUGUGAUGUGCGAAUUUAUAAUUGUCAAAUCGUGUGAUGUGCGAAUUUAUAAUUGUCCAAACUGAACUGGUAAUUGAGUUGGUCAUGAAAGGGUCCUUAAUGAUUCUCUUUUUAAUGCCUUUGAUGUUCCUCUCUAGCUAAUAUUAAAAGGGAUUUACAUCCA